AUGGAUUCAUCAUCUAUGGAUUUUCAACCUCUUUCGAUGAUUGCGGUGGAUUUAUGCCGAUGGACGUUCCAUGGUGAGUGGAACGAAGUGGUGACGGCAUACAAAUACAACGCAACGAUUCACACGAUGCCCGUCAACAGUGAUAAAGACACGGCGUUGCACGUGGCGGCGAACGAGAACAAUGCUAUCACCGUUAAGCAGCUGGUGGAUGAAAUUAAGCAGACGUCGUCGGCGGUGGAGAGUUUGAAAACAAAGAAUGUUGAAGGUGACACAGCGUUGCAUCGAGCAGCAUCCAUAGGGUCGCUCGAGAUGUGCGAGUGGAUCAUUGAAGCUGAUCACCAUCGUCAUCAAGGACACGUGUUGAUUGAAGAACGGAACAAUAAUGGAGAGACUCCUCUGUUCUUGGCUGCUUUAAAUGGACAUAACGAUGUUUUCUUUUACCUCCAAUCUCGUUGCGCCGACAAGUCUCUUGUGCCAUGCAGAAGAGCAAGCGAUGGCCAGACAGUCCUUCAUUGCACCCUCUACCGAGACUACUUUGGUAUAUACGUGAAGCGGUUGAGGAGCACCAACCAUCAGUCAAAAUCCCAGCAGACUGCUCGUCCCCGAAGCACUGCGGAUACAGAAAACCCAAUUGAUUACAACUGUGAACAUGGAAUGAUGUUCCGAAAAAUUAUCGGACAUGUCGUGACAUUUUCAUGGCAUUCACCUGUUUUAUUAUUUGAAUUGAUGUUUCAAAACUCCCAAGAGUUGGUCAAAGUUGGAUCUGGAAGCUUGAAUUUAACCAGAUGCUGCCUGAGCCUACCGAAAAAUGGAGUGCUGGAAAUAGUGAAGAAAAUUCUGGAAGAUAAACCAGGGGCCAAUCCACGAAACGAACUCGCUAGCCCAAAAUGUAUUGCAUGUGACUGUGGAGAGAGGCAACCACAUGUAUUUGAGCAUCUGAAGAAGUACCUGAAGGAGAAGAUGUUGUGGGGAAAGCCACGUGGGACGUGCAGACAAAGACGGCAACACUAUCCUCCACUUGGCCGCCAAGCUCUCGCUUCAGAAGCCCUGGCACAUUGCUGGUUCUGCCUUGCAAAUGCAAGUGGGAAGUUAAAUGGAGAAAACGCCGCAACAAAUGCAAUUCCUCCAAAACAAAAGCACAAGACACCGCAGGACAUUUUCGUAAGUGAGCACAAGGAGCUACUCAAGCAAGGCAAUGACUGGCUGAAGAGCACGUCGGAGUCAUGCUCUGUGGUGGCUGCGCUUAUUGCCGGCGUGGCCUUCGCACGGCCACCACUUUACCCGGCGGUACGCAGGAGGAGACCGGAACCUUACUUGGAGCGCCACUCGGCUUUCAACUUGUUUGCAUUCACAUCCCUCUUGGCUCUCUUCUGCUCCAUCACCUCUCUCAUCACGUUCCUCUCCAUCCUCACUCUCCACGCCAGCAACCUAAAGAUUUCCGCAAAGAUUUGCCUGCAAACUUCUUUUGGGGUUGAGUUGCCUCUUGGGGUCCAUCGCUUCCGUCUUGGUUUCUUUCUGUUCCGCAUUCUCCUUCUGCUCAGGGAACACCUCCAGCAGUUACCCCUCUACAUUGAUCUUACGAGAGCUAUUUUCUUCAAGGUCCCGCAGUCCAGUAAUAGAGAAUCUGAGAAGCUUAUUCUCUGA